AUGGCCAAUCGAACUGUUAGAGAUGCAGUUACCGUAAGAGGUACAAAUCCACAAUACUUGAUAGAGAAAAUUAUACGAACCAGAAUAUAUGAUUCUAAAUACUGGAAAGAAGAAUGCUUCGCUUUGACCGCUGAGUUGCUAGUGGAUCAAGGAAUGGAAUUACGCUAUGUUGGUGGAGUAUAUGCCGGGAACGUGAAGCCUACGCCAUUUUUAUGUCUAUGUUUGAAAAUGUUGCAAAUUCAACCUGAAAAGGACAUUAUAGUUGAGUUCCUGAGACAAGAAGAUUACAAGUACAUUCGUGCACUUGGAGCCAUGUAUAUCCGUCUCACGUUCCCCUCUAUCGAAGUUUAUAAAUAUCUAGAACCGUUAUACAAUGAUUAUCGGAAGAUGCGGAUGAUGACAAGACAAGGAAAGUUUGAAGUUAUUUAUGUGGAUGAAUUUAUCGACAAUUUAUUGCGAGAAGAUCGGUAUUGUGACAUUCAUUUGCCAAGGCUGCAGAAACGAAUCACUCUAGAAGAAAUAGGAGAACUGAAUCCAUAUGUUAGUGCACUUGACGAAGAUCUUGAAAAAUUAUCAACAUCGGAAUCUGAUGAUGAGGAAGAAGAGGAAAGAAGUCGAAUUAAAAGAAAAGACCAAUCAAAAUUCUCAUUUCGCAAACGAAGCCAUUCAAAAGACCGUGAGCGUGAUGGGGAUCGGAUUAGAGACCGAGAUAUAGAACGUGAAAGAGAACGAAGUCGAGAUCGACGUUAUCGUUCACCAGAUUAUCGUGAUAGGGAGCGAAGCAGUCGCAAAGAAAAGGAACGAGAUAAAGAUCGAUAA